GUAUCUCUCUGCCACCCACGACCCCAAACCUAGCAAGCCCUCUCUCGUCCUCAUCCUCUCCUCCUGCGCCCCACCACAUCACAAUCGCCGCCGCGCCAUGGCCACCCCCGGCCCGAACCACCACCACCGCCAGGCAAGGCCACCGUGCCCUGUACACGCCAACUCCCCGUCCUAUCUCUACAACCUCUGCUAACCGUCUCUCUGCCCACCAUGAUUUUCACUGGCGGUUCGACCGUCGCCAGAUCUGCGCCCAGGCCGGACGAACAACGGCCGCCGCCCCGUCGCCAUGGCCGUCGGCACCGUCGACCGCUCCUACAAGAAGGUCGACUUUCGCAAGCAAGUGCUCGUUGUCGUCACCUCCGGCUGGGCCGUCAUGUGCUUCUACCACAACCUAAAGAAGCUCUGGGAGGUCAGCCUCGGGGACGACUUCCCCCACGCUCCGACCACCGCGAGGUCGCCGUCUCCGUCACCAACUACACCCUCAAGAAUGGCGACGCAGGGCUCGUCAUCGUUGGAGGGAGGAUGGAGAUGCAGCACCAUGCUGAAGCGUAUUGAUUCUGAUUUUUUUAGUUAUAUGUGUGGUGUGAUGAUGGUCAUUCUUCAAUUUAAAAGUAAACAAGAGGCCUCCAUUAAGGUCUACCGACAAUCAUGCAAUGCAUAGUCUUAACGUAAGGAGGUGCCGAGAUACACGAGGGGUUGGAGCAGGACUGCAGGAGGAGAUGAGGACAUGUUUUGUUUUAGAUCCACCUGAUUAAUCCCAUGUUUUUGCAAGGUCUGCUUCUUAUGCAGAGCUUUCUUUCGAUGAGCAGCCUAGACAAUUAAUUACAGUUAGUCCUUUUAGUUAGAUUUAGUAUUAGGUCAAUUAUUCACUUCUGUGUCGAUGAACAAAUGAGUCUGAUUUAAUUUUGCUUUAGACUAUUAUUGUUUUCGGUGUUGGUUUGAAGUUAAAAGUGAGAAAAAGAUUAGGUGACAUGGAUUUGGUGUGAAUGGAUAUGGUUUCUCAGAGGCUAUUUCUUAUGCAUCAGGUCAUCAAGGUGGAUGUUGUUUGUUU